CGGAAGUGUCGCUGUACGGGUGCCGGCUGUAUUCCCGGUAAUGUAAUGUUCUGCAUACUUGUUAAACGCACGUGAACUUGACUUGCUGAUCAGAGAUGGCGAAACCUAAGUUAAUAGUUUUUGACCUUGAUUACACCCUAUGGCCGUUUUGGGUGGACACUCAUGUUUGUCCUCCAUUCCACAUAGAUGACAGUGGCACUGUGAGAGACUCAAGAUUUGCUAAAGUUUCUCUUUACCGCGAUACUGAAAAGAUCCUGAGCUCACUCCAUAGCCAAGGAUUCAAGAUUGGCAUCGCAUCACGGACCAGCGAAACGGAGGGAGCCAAUCAGCUGCUGUCGCUUUAUAAGCUUAACCAAUACAUUUCCUUCAAGGAGAUUUACCCCGGGUCAAAGGUCACUCACUUUAAAAGACUUAAAUCUGACAGUGGGGUCCAGUUUUCUGACAUGAUGUUUUUUGAUGAUGAAGAAAGGAACAUUGUGGAGGUCGGACGUCUGGGUGUUCAUUGUGCGUUGGUUCGUAACGCCAUCACAUGUAAAUUAGUCAACGAUGAACUUGAAAAAUUCAAGAGAAAGCAGUGACGUCCAUCUGUGCUUCUGGAGAUACAGCUGCUGAAAAAGAUUAUAUAUUUAUUGUAGUAAACAUUAAAUCCUGCUCGUUUUUAUUCGGUUUUACAGUUGUGAGUGUUACAUAGUCAGUGUGUCGUAAUGUUAAUGUAUUUGAAUUUUAUAAAAUAUUAUGAUAUAAAGAAUUAAGGGCUGUUCACAUUGUAAAAUUAACUUUAAC